GCUGUCCUGCCCCGCGGGGGCGCCCGCCGGGUCCCUGUGCUGUGCAGAGUCGGGACCAAGUCAGAGACGCCGGUCGCCCAGCCCAGCCGCGGAGCAGGCCUAGCAAUCUCAGCUCUCAAUGCAGUCGUGAGUGGAACAACUUCAUCUCCACUCCUCAGUCUCCACCAGGAUCAACUCUGAGUCUCCUGGAACCCCCUUCAGAGUCCCCCUCCUACACACAAUCCUGUGCUCCACCACUUACUCACCUUCCUGUUUCCUAGCAUCCCUUCCCACAGUCACCAGCCUUUACAAGUCCUUCCUCUUUGUCUGUCCCCAGAGGACACCUCAUUUUUUUUCCUGCUUUGGUGACUUUACAUAGUUCUCUUUCCAGCUGGUGUCCUAGCAGAUGCCAGCACUCUUAAAAUUGCAUCUUGCCAACUCUGUGACUUCUCUCCAUGCUCCCAUGUCUUUCCUUAGUCUUCUAGAACAUUCCAUCCCAUUGGUACUUCACCAUGUCCAUAUUGACUUCCUAAGAUUUCAAUAAGCAUGACACCGCUGGUGUCUUCAUCUCCUCUGUAAACACUGCCUUGACCUUUUUUUUUCUGGUGCCAUCUUUGUGCUCUGGUUGUGUAGAUAGCCCAUUGACAUUAGUUCCACCUCUUAUCCUUACCUUCAUCAUCCCUUGACACUCUUCCUCUCAAGUCCUCCCUUUGCUUAGCCUGCCACAAAGCAAACCCAGACCUCAGUCCUCGUGAACUGUCUCCUGUGAUGUUCCCCUGAGCCUCCAAAGAGGGGGCUCAGGGGGCCUGAUGGCCUCCCGCCCCCCGUGGCCCUGUAGCCCCAGCGGGCCAGGGGAAGCUCCUGGGAAGCCCCAUCGCCCAGGAUGGACAACAGCACGGGCACAGGGGAGGGCUGCCAUGUGGACUCUCGAGUGGACCACCUCUUCCCACCAUCUCUCUACAUCUUCGUCAUCGGGGUGGGGCUGCCCACCAACUGCCUGGCCCUGUGGGCAGCCUACCGGCAGGUGCGCCAACACAAUGAGCUGGGCGUCUACCUGAUGAACUUGAGCAUUGCAGACCUGCUGUACAUCUGCACUUUGCCGCUGUGGGUCGACUACUUCCUCCACCAUGACAACUGGAUCCACGGCCCUGGCUCCUGCAAGCUCUUUGGCUUCAUCUUCUACAGCAACAUCUAUAUCAGCAUCGCCUUCCUGUGCUGCAUCUCCGUGGACCGCUACCUGGCUGUGGCUCAUCCUCUGCGCUUUGCACGCCUGCGCCGGGUCAAGACAGCAGUGGCUGUGAGCUCUGUGGUCUGGGCCACGGAGCUGGGCGCCAAUUCAGCACCGCUCUUCCAUGAUGAGCUGUUUCGUGAUCGCUACAACCACACCUUCUGCUUUGAGAAGUUCCCCAUGGAGCGUUGGGUGGCCUGGAUGAAUCUGUACCGCGUCUUUGUGGGCUUCCUCUUCCCCUGGGCACUCAUGUUGCUGUGCUACCGUGGCAUCCUGAGGGCAGUGCAGAGCAGUGUGUCCACCGAGCGCCAGGAGAAAGUCAAGAUCAAACGUCUGGCCCUGAGCCUCAUCGCCAUUGUGCUGGUGUGCUUUGCGCCUUACCAUGCUCUCCUGCUGUCUCGCAGCGCCGUCUACCUGGGCCGGCCCUGGGACUGUGGCUUCGAGGAGCGAGUCUUUUCUGCCUACCACAGCUCCCUGGCCUUCACCAGCCUCAAUUGUGUGGCUGACCCCAUCCUCUACUGCCUGGUCAACGAGGGUGCCCGCAGUGAUGUGGCCAAGGCCCUGCACAACCUCCUCCGCUUCCUGGCCAGCAACAAGCCCCAGGAGAUGGCCAAUGCUUCCCUCACCCUGGAGACACCCUUGACCUCCAAGAGGAGCACCACCGGCAAGUCGUCCGGGGCUGUCUGGGCAGUGCCUCCGACUGCCCAGGGGGACCAGGUGCCACUGAAGGUGCUGCUGCCCCCGGCACAGUGAGCCCCAUGCCCAACUGUCAUCCUGCACCCUUCCGGUUGUAUGCAAAUGUGUGUAAAUAUGUCCAUGUGAAUUACAAGAAAAAAAUGAGGUUUUUUUUUUCUCUCUGUCAUCUUCUUCCACUAUGAUCCCCAAUGAUUCACUUAAUCCCAGCAGGGUCUGAAGGGGGAACAACACAGCCAGGAGUUUGUCAUCAUGGGCGCCCAGAUGGGGAGCCAGCCAUGGAGAGUUUGGGAUGAGGGGAUAAUUAAGCCAACUGCUUGGUUUCUGGCAGAUAAGGACAGACGAGUCUGAUCAGAUGCUACAAGUGUGUGAUUCCAGCUACUUGGGAGGCCGAGGAAAGAUUUGGAAGUUCAAGACCCACUUGGACCACAAAGUGAAGCCCUGUCUCAAAAUAUUAAAUACAACAAAGCCCGGGGAUGUAAUCUAGCAGUUUUUAUCUAAAAUUCCCAGUGAGGGGCUUGGGGCGUGGCCCAAGUGGGAGAGCCCCUGCCUAGAAUCCAUUCUGGUAAUACCUAGCAUGCUGGUAAUUCCUUCUUGUUUGUAUUUUGGAAAGCUAUUUACCACAGUCUGGCUUUGAGGUUAUGGUCUUCCUUCCUCAGCUUCCCAAGUGCUAGGCUUACAGAUGUUAACUGCUAUGUCAAGCAGAUAUUCUGAGAUUCUACACAAACAGCAUUCUCUCAGUCUCAGAUGGUGAAGGAGGACAGGGACUGUCAAGAGCAGGUAAGAGCCAAUCUGAGCAGCCUGCCUGAAGGAAUCGUAAGCAGGGCUGGUUUAGAAAGGAGGCCCAGGACAGGAAGAGCAUCCAUUCAUGCACUGUCUAAUCACAUCUUGCCUCAGAGAUUAGGUUGGUCUGUGAAGACCAGAUCCUGCUAUCAGGGAGGUAGGACUAACAAUAAAAAAUAAACAUAGCAAGACAAUUCCCUU